AUGCUAGAGGCUGGCGUCAAGAACAUGGCCCAAUUUCGCAUGUGUGUCAAAGGCUAUUGUAGGGAUCAAGGCAGUGCGGAGCGUGGCGUGGCGUCGGCUCCUAUCGGUCACGUGGCAGGCCAGGUUGCCGAGCAGUUCGCCAGGCUCAGCGCUGGCGAUACAAGUAUCGAGGACGUGCACAAUAACAUUGCUCACUGGCCGAACUGCAUUGAGACGUCUGACUGGUGCCACAUUGUCAUGAAUGCCUUGCAAGAGUCAAUCGAGAACGAGCCAUUCUGGGCAGAGUAUGAGCCGUGCCUCAAGGCAUGCUGCAAAAUAUUAGGUGACAAGUCUUACAAGCAAGUUUUAUUGAAUGACGCUUUCGCCGACGCGAGCCCCUACGCCCGGAUGUUGCUGCACAAUUUCUCUUCUGAUCACGUCGAUUGGCGUUGGGAGUAUUUGGAGUGUGCAACUGAUGAGCUCACAGGUAUAUGGGAAGAGUUCAAGCGACGUUUCUCGCCACGCCUUCUGCCGGACAGCCCGUCUUUGGUCAAAAAGGUGGUCAAGGCAACGACGGAGAUGGAUGAGUUCGGCCCCUUCACAGAGAU